AUGGUUUCGUCCCAAACAGAGGUCUUUGUUCGAGCUCUGUCUCGUAUGGCUAGCUGGUCGGCGUCUUUCUAUCCCCAACCCAUCCACAACUUCAAGCGGAAAUCCACGGCUGGCCUGGCGAUUGACUUUGCCGCGGUCAAUGUAUUGGGCUUCUUUUGCUAUGCAAUCUAUACUUCGGCUUUCCUCUAUUCGCCGGUGAUCCGGUCGCAGUAUGCAGCUCGAAAUCCAACCGCUACCGAGCCCACCGUUCGCUUUAAUGAUCUGGCCUUCGCGGUGCACGCGGUCGUCCUGAGUGCGAUUGUCUACACGCAAUUCUGGCCCGCGAUCUGGGGUCUAAAAGUUUCUCGCUUUCAGCAUAUCAGCAAGACGAUGGCCGGUCUAUUUUGGGGAUGCGUGUUGGCACCCUUGUUGGUGAUAUGGGUGGUGUUGGCACGUAGCCCCGACGGAGGAUACAGUCCAUCGUCUUGGGCUUGGAUUGAUGUGAUCUAUGCGUUUUCCUUCAAUAAAGUCGCCAUUACGGUGGUCAAGUAUGUGCCCCAGGCAUGGUUGAAUUACAAGCGAAAGUCCACCGUUGGCUGGAGUAUCGUGACCAUCCUGUUUGAUCUGACGGGCGGAGUCUUGUCUCUGAUCCAGCUCGUGUUGGACUCGAGCCUGCAGAAUGAUUGGAGCGGUAUCACAGGCAACCCCGUCAAAUUGCUUCUGGGCAACGUAACGAUCUUCUUUGAUUUGAUUUUUAUCAUCCAACACUAUGUUCUGUAUCGCGACGCGCCGGAUCCGAAGCUACCGACUGAUGAUGAUGAGAUCUCACCUCUCUUAAGUGGCUCCCAUGGGCGCGAACGAGUGUGA